GCGUCAUUCGUGCAAAUUCAUUACAAAGAUGGCGCUCGCUAGUGUGCUGGGGGGUGAGUCUGCGGAUUUUUCGCUCCGUAGUGAGCGGCCUUUUGCAUUCGGUGCUAGCUGGGAUCAGACCCAACUGGGCUUCGGAACGUCCGCCGGCGAUGGUCUCAACUUCGCUGUGAAAAAUCCUCUUCUUCCUGAGGAUGAAGACGGCCCUGAGAGAAGGAUCGAGUUUCUUCAUGGAACAACAACGCUGGCUUUCAAAUUCCAGCAUGGCGUUAUCGUGGCCGUGGACUCCCGGGCGACGGCCGGCUCCUACAUCGCCUCGCAGACGGUGAAGAAGGUGAUCGAGAUCAACCCGUACCUGCUGGGCACCAUGGCGGGCGGCGCGGCCGACUGCAGCUUCUGGGAGCGGCUGCUGGCGCGUCAGUGCCGCAUCUACGAGCUCCGCAACAAGGAGCGCAUCUCCGUGGCGGCCGCCUCCAAGCUGCUGGCCAACAUGGUGUACCAGUACAAGGGCAUGGGUCUGAGCAUGGGCACCAUGGUCUGCGGAUGGGACAAGAGAGGGCCAGGUCUGUAUUACGUGGACUCUGAGGGGAACCGUAUUUGCGGGGACCAGUUUGCGGUGGGCUCGGGCUCCAUGUACGCGUACGGCGUGCUGGACAGCGGCCUGCGCCCGGACCUGAGCGUGGAGGAGGCGUGCGAGCUGGGCCGCCGCGCCAUCUACCAGGCCACCUACCGCGACGCCUACAGCGGCGGCACCGUCAACCUGUACCGCGUGCACAGCGAGGGCUGGGAGCGCGUGUCCCAGGAGGACGUCCUGAGCCUGCACCACCAGUACGCCUCCCAGACCGCCUAGCGUGGCCGGGGGGGCGGGGCUUAGUGUGGGGAUGGGCGGGGGUUAUGUGGAUGUGGGUGGGGCUCCCAGAGCAGACGGGGCGGGGGCAAAUCUUACAGAAACCGUAGGGGCCGUAGUUGCAGAGACAAGAGAGGUGUUCGGGCAUAAAGAGCCAGGCCAGGGGUGGGGCUUACCGGAGGGUGGGCGGGGUUUAUGGGGGUGGGUAGGGCUUAUGUGGAUGGCGUUGGGGCUCACAGAGUAGACAAGGGGGCAAAUCUUACAGAAACGUAGGGGCCGUAGUUGCAGAGACAGGCGUUUGUGCGACUGACCCAGGAAAGGGUGUGGCUUACGAAAACAAGGCGUGGCUUAGAGGGAAUGAGUGGCGCUACAGGUGGUAGGCUCAGUUAGCCUACAGUGCAGAAAUGGGCGUAGCUGUGGACUGGGGGAAGGUCUCUAUGCCAGGUUAGGGUGUCAACUCUAUGGUGAUAAGACUACUGUUACUGCUGUGUCUCUUAAGAUUUGCAUGGCCUACUGGUUUGGGGGGGGAGAAAGUGAGUGUCACGGAUCUGGCGUCUGGAGAGGUAAAUGAGGACAGGAAAUAGGCCUUUUUCCCGGGUUUUGCGUAACACACACACACACACGCACAGUGCACCAUUCUUACGGCUUGCUCUUAUUGUAAGGACAGUUCUCCGUUCAGUCCAGCGAUUUCACAUCAAGGCGGGCUGCAGUUGCCCUGUGGUGCCUGCAGGCCGUGGUGGCGCUGUUGUACGCUGACUUGAUCGAUCCCCAGCUGGCACCGAACAAGAGAGAUUCUGAAUUCUCAUACGCAAUUAUCACAUGUAGGCUGUUCAGAAAACACGAAUAAAACCUGACUUUUUUUUUUU